GGGGUGCUAUCUUUCUAUUUAAAGGAGCAGGUCAUAAUGAUGACGAAAAUUGGUUGAGAAAGGCAGCUGAAUUUGAAGCUGAAUUAAAGAGAUCGGGUUAUAAUUUAGAUAAUAAUGAUGAUACCAAUUUUACCAGUGCUCCUAUUCUUAUCGAACCUCUGGCAAGUUUGGAUCAAAACAAUGAUAGUGCCGAUUUCCUCAGCGUCCCUGUUCCUAUCGAAUCUUCAACAAGUCUCAAUGAUCAUGGUUGGGCACCAAAACAAACAAUAAUAAUAAUUGUCGUCAAAAUGGUCAAAUGGAAGAAUAAUUCUAACAGAAGAAACUAUAAUAACAACUAUAGUCGAGAUAAUAACAAUAGAAGAUAUAUUGCUGCUUCAAAUGCUGGUCUCCUAGGCAUCUUUAUCAAUAUUGUACUCGUAACUUAG